AUGGCAAAAACUGCUUUUACCUCCGGUGCCAGUGGCCUCCGUGGUAGCGCCAUUAUUAAGCAUGCCUGCAACACAACCACCUCUGACAACCGGGACUCCAUUAUAGUCACAUUGAGGAGCCCUUUUGAGUGUAUCUUCGCGGACCCUCGGAUUAAGUUUAUCGUACUCAACUUCACAUAUGAUGUUUCCUACCCAGAGGAAAAGAUGAAGGAGGACGAUUUCGCAGAGUCGUACGCUGUAAACAAAACCCUGUUCGAAAACUUCCUCACGGCUAUCGACAAUACAGCGCCCAAGUUGGAGAAUAUUACGCUUCCGAGUGGGAGGAAGUACUACAAUCUCCAUAUCGAACUCGUGCCAUCUCCAGUGCAAGAAAGCAGCCCGCGCUGCUAUGGACCAUUCGAAAGCUUAUAUUUCCGCUAA